AUGAGCGAAAAGGAAAACAACGCUCGUUUUGAUGUUAGACCACCUCCAUUUCCAGCAGACUUUCGCUCUGCAACUCCAAAUUCGACUUCCGAGUCGGAUUUUUUCAAUCAAUUAGCUGCACAAAGGUCACCUCGUCGUAAACCAAAUAAAUCAACAUCAGUAAGACAAGUAAAACCAUCACUUAUUGCAACCUUACCAGAAGAUUCUCGUCUAUUACAGUCAGAAUACAAAUUAACAAGAAAAAUCGAUUUAAGUCUGAAACCGGAAACAAUAAAACAGCUUGCUGAUUCUGGUAAUGCAGAUGCUAUGCUCGCAUACGGAAAUCUAAUAAUGGAAUCGAAUCCUAAAAAAGGAUUAAAAUAUAUAAAGCAAGCCGCCAACUCAAACAACGCAGAGGCUGCAUGUAAAUACUCAGUGAUGCUAAUGUCACACAUUGAUAAGCAUACAGAUCUAUCAGAAGCAAUAAAAUAUCUUGAGAAAUCAGCAAUUCUUGGUGAUCCUCAAGGUCAAUAUGAAUACGGACGACUUUUGAUACACGGAAAGCAAGUACCAAAAGAUACACACAAAGGAGCCGAAUUCAUUCAGAAAUCAGCUGAUCAAGAUUAUUCGCCAGCUCAAUUUCGAUAUUCUCGAAUUCUUAUGCGCAGCAAUGCAAGCGAAGAAGAAAUAAAAGACGGAGUACGCUAUUUAAAGCUAGCGGCGCAUAACAAAAAUCCAGAAUCAAUGGUUAGAUUGGCACAACUCUACGAAAAAGGAAAUUACGUUAAACAGAACUACGGAAAAUCUGUAAAUUUGUUCAGAGAAGCGUCUGAGCUCGGAAAUACAGAAGCAAUGAACUGUUUCGGAACAAUUUUGUUGAAUGGAGAGUGUGGUGUUGAUGCAAAUCCAAAAGAAGCUAUCAGAAUCCUCGAAAAAGCAGCUGCAAAGAACAAUUCGGAUGCUAUUUUCAACAUUGGUCAAUAUUUAGCAACAAAUGGAAAUAAUCUAGAAAAACAGAAAGGAUUAGAUUACAUAAAAAGAGCAGCAUCACUUGGAAAUCAUUAUGCUCAGUACAAUAUCGGACUUAUGUAUGAAAAAGGAGAAAAUUUUACGAAAGAUUUGAAAGAAGCAGCAAAAUACUAUGAAUUAUCAUCUAAAAAAGGUAAUGUUAAGGCUAUCUGCAACCUUGCCUCCAUGCUGGCAUCAGGAGAUGGCAUAGAAAAAGACGAAAAACGAGCCCUUGAAUUAUUCAAACAAGCAGCUGACCAAGGCCACGUAAUAUCCAUGUACAGAUACGCUAAUAUGCUUGAAAAAGCAGGUUCUAUGGCCCUUUACCGUGGACAAAUUACAGAUUAUUACACAAUGGCAGCAAACAGAGGCCAUCCACGUUCAAUGCUUUGCGCAGCCAAACUAAUAGAAGGAAACGACCGAAAUCUUGCCAAAGAACUAUACGAAAAAGCCGCAAAAUCCGGAAUUGACGAAGCUCUCUAUCGUCUUGCCAUUUUACAAAAACUUGAUGGCGAAGAAACAUACAAAAACACAAUGAAAGAAGCAGCAGACAAAGGAGUUGUUGAUGCACAAGUCCAGAUCGCAUUAGAUACAAUAAAAAACGGAACUCCAGAAGAGAAAGAAAAAGCGUUAGAAACAUUCAAAAAAGCAUCAGAAACAGGACAUCCUGUUGCCAAGUACAAUUACGGCAUUGCUCUUUUAGACUCCAACAAAAGAGAAGCAGUAAGACUAAUAGCGGAAUCAGCUGACCAACAGUACGUACAAGCACAAUACGAGUACGGAAGAAUCCUCCGAAAAGAAGGCGCACAUUUGAAAGCAUUUAAAUACCUUUCAUUGGCUGCAGACGGAGGAAAUGCUGAUGCGCAGUAUUUAGUUGCAAUGAUGUACGAACUGGGAGAAGGAUGCCAGAGAUCAUCGAGAAACAGUUUCCCUUUGAUAGAAAGUGCUGCAAAAGGUGGAAAUGCCGAUGCACAAUACAGAUAUUCAAUGAUGUUGGAAGAAGGAAUAAAUUGUUUGAAAUCUCAUUCAGAUUCAGUGAAAUUCCUCAAAUUAUCAGCAGAAGGAGGAAAUAAAGAGGCAAUACUCAAGUACACGAAGAUAUUGUUAUCAAAGAAUAACAUAGAUGCCUUUAAAUACGCAAAAAGAGGUCUAAUGAUUAAAAAACCUCAGCCAGAAUUGUUGACAAUUUACGCAAAAUUGUUAAGAAACGGUUUCGGUUGUGAAAUUAAUUUAACUGAGAGUUCUCAAGUGAUGAAAAGAGCUGCAGACAUGGACUAUGCAGAAGCUCGGUUCCUCUAUGCAGAUAUGAUAUUAAACAAUGAAUGCCAAGGCACAGAAAGUGAAGCUGAAGAAUAUUUAGUCAGAAGUUCUGAUUUAGGUUAUAAACAGGCGAGAACAACUUUGGCAGAGUAUUUCGAGAUGAAAGAAGAUAUGUCAAAGGCAAACCACUUCUAUAGAUUGGCAGCAGACUCAGGAGAUAGCGAGGGCUGCAGAAAAUACGCAAAUUAUUUGUUAAAUAAUGAUUCUAAUGAUGAUAAAAAGAAGAGAGAAGGAGAAAUCUUUUUGAGAAGAAGUUCAACAGAUCACAAUGUUGAAGCUGAAUUCCAAGUCGCAAAUCUUCCAGGAGUUGCAGGAACAUUCGAUGCAAAACAACUCUUGAAACAAGCAGCUUAUGCAGGCCAUGUUGGAGCUUUAACACAGUUAUCUUAUACAUCAAACAACCCAAUAAAACUCCUCGAAUCUUCUUCUUCAAGUGGAGAUGCGAAAAGUUUGUAUUUACUUGGAAAACAAUUUGCAAAGACACAACCAAUCAGAGCUACUUCUUAUCUACUUGCAGCAUUAAGUAAAGGAGAAUACUCUGCUUAUAUAACACUUUCAAGUUUAACUGAUGACGAGAACUUGAAAGAAGAAUAUCUUAAAAAAGCUCUUGAAAAUGAUGUCGAAGGUUCUGAAGGAGCUUUAGGAGUUUUUUACGAAAAAACAGAUAAAGAAAAAGCAAUUUCUUAUUAUAGGAAAGGUAGUGAUAAAGGAGAUGCUGAGUCAAUGUAUAGAUUGGCGAUGAUACUGAUUGAUGAAGAUAAGGAUAGUAAAGAAGGACAUUCUUUGCUGAUUAGAGCUGCAAAUAAAAAUCACAUUGAAGCGAAAAUAGAAUUAGCAAAAGAUAUGGAGAGAAUUGGAGAGAAAACAGAUGCUCUAAAGCUCUACCAGAAUAUAUUUAAACAGACCGGAAACCAAACCAUUGCAAACACCAUAACUGAUUUGAUCAAAUCAAUUGGAAAUGUUGACAAUGGAAAGGAUUCACUUAGAUUAAUGUUCACAAAGCAACAAAUUUAA